UUUUUUUUUUUUUUCAUUUUUGGAACUCCAGAGGGGGGCCGUGCGAGCAGAGCACCGAACGACCGCCGCCGAGCUUCCGCAGAAAAGAGGGACCUAGAUUUCCUUGCCGUUGCGCGUCAAGAAUGGUUACUCAGAUAAUCAGCACCAUGGAAACCCAGGUGUCCAACGGUCCGAGCGGAACCAGUCUGCCCAACGGCCCAGUCAUCAGCACCAAUGGCGCCACGGACGACAGCAAAACCAACCUGAUUGUCAACUACCUGCCCCAGAACAUGACGCAGGAGGAGUUCAAGAGCUUGUUUGGUAGCAUCGGGGAGAUUGAGUCCUGUAAACUGGUCAGGGACAAGAUAACAGGUCAGAGUUUGGGGUACGGCUUUGUCAACUACGUGGAUCCAAAUGACGCGGACAAGGCCAUCAACACACUAAAUGGUCUCAAACUACAGACUAAAACAAUCAAGGUCUCAUAUGCUCGGCCAAGCUCGGCUUCUAUCCGUGACGCAAACCUUUACGUCAGUGGACUACCCAAGACCAUGAGCCAGAAGGACAUGGAACAGCUCUUCUCCCAAUACGGUCGCAUCAUCACAUCUCGCAUUUUAGUGGACCAAGUUACAGCAGGCAUAUCACGGGGAGUGGGCUUCAUCCGGUUUGACAAACGAAACGAAGCGGAGGAGGCCAUCAAGGGCCUGAACGGACAGAAGCCUCUGGGCGCUGCCGAGCCCAUCACUGUCAAGUUUGCCAACAACCCCAGCCAGAAGACGGGCCAGGCCUUGCUGACUCAGCUGUAUCAGACCGCUGCCCGACGCUACACGGGGCCCCUGCACCACCAGACGCAGCGUUUCAGCGUGAUCCCUUCUCUCGGAAAGGGACCAGAUCCAAAUAACAGCUCAAAACCCAUACUCGACAAUUUACUAAACGCCAGCUACGGAGUCAAGAGUUCUCCCACUCUCUUCCCCAGAUUCUCACCAAUCACCAUCGACAGCAUGACCAGCCUCGCCGGCGUCAACCUCACAGGUCCCACUGGAGCCGGCUGGUGCAUUUUCGUGUACAACUUGUCGCCCGAGGCGGACGAGAGCGUCCUGUGGCAGCUCUUCGGACCAUUCGGCGCCGUCACCAAUGUCAAGGUCAUCCGUGACUUUACCACCAACAAAUGUAAGGGCUUCGGUUUUGUCACCAUGACCAACUACGACGAGGCGGCAAUGGCCAUCGCGAGCCUCAACGGCUACCGCCUGGGCGACCGCGUGCUGCAGGUUUCCUUCAAGACCAGCAAGCAGCACAAGGCCUGAGAGAUGGGCCGCUGGCGCCACACCUUUGACCUGCACAGGGGGCUACCUGAGCCCCCUGUGCCAUCACUUUAUAUAUGGGCCUGGACUGAGUCUCUCUCUGACGCUUUCGCACACAAAUCCACAAUAUAUAAUCGCAAAACACACACAGACACACGUGCAAACACAUAUCGACACACAUGACCAAACCUAUCCAUAGGCAAGCAUCCACAGGUCAGAGUUUCAAACAAACACACUAGUGGAGUUUUUCUGUUCUCUUUCCACAACAUGCUAGACCUUCCCUGCCUUUGCCUGGAUUGAAUUAGAAGGGGUACGUAGCUGGUUUGUUGGGUUAGGGGUUAAGAGCUAUCUAUUUAGGAGACAGUCUAACGAAUGUGACAAAGAAUGUGUACUGAGUGCUUUGAUUGAAUUCAGGCAAAUGAUGGCGACUGAUGAACAAAAGAAAAAAAGAAUAGCGAUCAAAAUUUUUAACGAAUAUGUGCAAUUUACCCAAAACUUUUACCCAAUCACAUCUGAGAGGAUGUAGUCACUUUUUUUACACUUGGGCAUUUUGAAUCAGUGACUUUUUUAAGAUCAAAGAAAAUGAAAUUAAGACAGUGUUCUCUUAUAUACGUCUAUCAAAAAUAUAACUAUAUAUUCAAUAUAUAAGGUGGUAAUAAUAGCCGAAUAUGUAAGCAUUUUCUAAAAACGUUGACUACUGUUUCCUGACCUGCUUUAGGCGGUGCCGAGUGUAAAGGCAGUUUCUCUUCCCCUAUGCGAGCUUGUUUGCGCCGACCCACUGCCUUUUAAGUGAGCUUGUGAAUCCGGGAACUGGAAUUAAAAAUUAGUCUGAGGGCAUUCACAAAUCCUCCCCACUGUCACUCCAAACACCGAGCUAGUAUACCUAACACAAGUCCACGAGAGCAAAAUGAUUCCUAAUCGAUCCUCAGAGUGGAUGAAACAGAAGCAGACUGUCAAGUCAAAGCUAAGUAGCAAGUGGAUACAUUAGGAUCUCUCUGAUGGGCUUGUGAUUGAUUGUCAGCUCAACAAAAAAGCUUUUUCACAUCGCUUCAACUGCAUCUGUGCAUAAUUUGGCAUGAGAUGCUUCAAGCGACCAAAACAUUGGGGGGGAAAAAAGAACCUAAACCACAUAUCGUGACACAAUGGUUCUUGCUGCAACGCUACCAAAACCUGAGACAGCCCAUGUGAUCAGGCUAAUAAAGUAAUAGUAAAGUUACAACAGAAAAAUUAAGAUUGGGAUUGACCAAUGACUUGACAGGUUUGACCAAUGACUUGGCAGGUCUGCAUAGAUAUAACACGCUUGCAAAACCUUGAGAGAUUGAGAACCGUUAUUUGCUGACAUCCUAAAGUUUAGUCUACUCUGUUAAAACAGUCACUGAGAACCGAAGCUCCAAAUAAAAGGACCAAACAUUGACUGCAAGCAUUGUUAAAGACUAUCCCUCGACAUAAAAGAUUAAGUCAUCCCUGAAGCUUUGACCGAUGCUUCUCGCUUUUAUUUCUAAACCUCCUAUCAAACAACUCGGCGGGAUUCUUGAAGCCGCUGAACUCCCGCCCUUGCAAAAGAAAACUGAGCAACAUCAAGCCGGAAAAACAGAAAUCAGAUUUGGGCUUCUGUCUAAAACAGAGGAUGGAAUUUCAUUUCAUUGCUUCUCAAAAUAUCUCUAACCCAGUGCCGUGGAAUAUGUUUACGGCACCCUUGAUGGAACAUUAAAGCCCACCCGUUUUACCUGAAGUGUCUGUCGCACAGUAGACGAGAGCUCUACAAUGGGGAGGGGAUAAUGUCUUUCGAUAUCUGCACACGAUCACAGAUUAAAUAGGGUCAACUAUAUUCAAGACAUGUUUGCUUUUUGCUUUUCUAAAUGACGCUGUGUUAGCCAAAGAGGACGAUCUCUUUGAAAGGAUUACAUUAGAGAUAAAUCUAUUUUUAUACAUACAAAGGAACAAGACCUUGUGCUGAAUUUUUACAGAUUCUUAAACUUGGGGAAAAAAAAUUGGGACAUCGCAUGUCUUUAUUUUAAACCCUCUGAUGUUUGCAGCGCGAGG